UUUUGUUGUGAGAGGAGGGAUGGGGGCACAAGUUCACAGCGAUUAGUUUUCGUAUAUAUCAAUCAUCUACCAAGCAUUGUUCGAAAUUCACAGGGGAAAUGUAAAAAGUUUGUAUGUUCUCACGGAAUGCGAUGAAAGUUGUGAGAGGUAAACAAGCUUCAUCUAGUAGAUGGUCUCACUAUCCUGAGUAUUUGUUGGAGGUGCGUGCUAUAGUUUGGUACUUGUGAGACCAAAUAGAGACUAAUUAUUAGUUGGGAGGCAUGUGAUUUGUGUGUUAAAAGUGAAAAAGUGUUGUGUUGUGGUGAUCGUCUGGAAAGUUUAGUCGAUACUUUCUCGCGUCGCGGUCCAAUGAUGGCGGAGUUCCAGGCGAGCGACACGAUGCCCAAACUCGGGCACGUAAACGAUCUCCGUGAACAGUGGCUGGUCCGCGCCGACGGCGCCCUGGCACACCGAUUGCAGGAUCGCGAGAUCUCGUCACAUCUCUGCGAAAACAGGUACCGCAACCAGCAGAUUCGUGAAGAUUUCCCCGUUGCUCUUAAUGAACAGCGAGACAUUGAACACGAAGCCUACUUGCGAGAGCUCGCUCGUCGCAGGCAAGCAGAAAUCGACGCAGAAAUCGCGCGCGAAAUGGCUGAGAUUAAUCUCAGGAGGCAGCGCCGACAGCAUUCCAAUGAUUUAGCACAGCCGUGCACAUCUCGCGCUGCACCCGCAGCCGCUCCAGUGCCACUAGAAACUUCUCCGACUGUGAAUGAAAUCAAUCCAGAGGAGUUAGGUCUUUCUCCUGCUGAGUUAGAAGAAAUGCGGCGACGACUAGAGCAAGAGGAAAGAGAUGCCAGACUAGCCAGAGAGUUGAGCCAUGAAGUUGAAGGUCAGGAUGCCCUACUUGCUGAUAUGAGAUGUGCUGUUGAAGCUCAGGAUGGAGAGCUUGCUAGGCUACUGCAGGAAAGAGAGUAUAAGAAGCUGCAAAGAGCUAAGGAGAAAGCAAGACAGAAAGCUUUGUUGAAGAAGCAGCAGCGGUUAGCUCAGCAACAGAGCGAACCUCACACUAUGCAAGCCACACUGUGCGAUGCAUACAGCAACCCACGAGACAUGAUACGUGACAGCAGACUCAGACUAUGCAAAUCUGUAGAUUCUGAUUUGAAUUAUGUUGAACCUUUUGAAAAAGAGCAAAUACAGUCAAAAGCCAGUGCAUUGCAAUCUAAAGAGAUCUCUAGACAGUAUUAUCCUUCCGGACCUAGCACUAGUAAUAUUUCACACAGCCAUACAAGAUCUUUAGACUUAGAAAAACCGGAUUUACCAAGUAUAAACAGUAUACCAUCUUUGCAGCACCGACAACCGCCUCCUCCACCAGCUACAGGUAAAAAACCACGUUUCCCUGAUCCAGUGAGUAUCAGACCAGCAUCACACUAUCCUACAGAUAAUGCUUUCCCUCAGAAUGAACCAAAUGUUAACAUUUCACAUAGUUAUAGUGAUAAUAAUAAUCUGUACAGUUCAACUUUCCCCCAUGAUUUAAAUAACACCCAUUUAGGGCAGGACAGACCAGAUUCCUCAAAGAGACUAUCUGUAAUCUCUGAUAUAACAGCUGAAGGAUUAGCUAAGAAGAAAAAUAAAGAUAUGCAGAAGAAAAGAAAGGGAUGCAAAAUACAAUAAAAUAGCUACUAUUUUCAUUGCAAUUGACUGUUCCAGUAAUUUUCUAGUGAAUGAUUGUUAAUUAUUUUUUUAAACUGAACACACGGCAUGAUAUUUGAUUGUUUCUAGUAUUAUCACUUGAUAUUGUUUCAAAGAUUGUAUUUUAUAUACACAUAUUGUAAAUUUUCCCAUAACAUUAUUUACCAAGGCAGCAUCUCUGACAAACUCCUCAGCUUUUAAAUGUUCUUAGUAGUAUCAUUAAGAAUCAUUAUAAUAUUGUAUUUUAUUACGUAAGCUAGUUGUAGAAUUAUAUAUUAUUUAUACUUUAUUUAUGAUCAGGGUGAAGCUAUGAGCAUGGCGAGUACAGAAAUGAAAGCAAAUUAGGUCUAGAUUCACCAAUAUUGCACUGACAUGAUUUUAUAUGAUAUAUUUUCAGAACUAGCUACAUUGAUUUUUGUCUUUUUCUACAUCAUUUAUUGUUUUAAUGACUGAGCUGUCACAAUAAAUGUUUUUCGUUAAUAUCGUCAAAAGAAAUCAUCACACAGAAAUGGCCAGCUAAGCUCUAAAGAGGGCAGUGAAAAAUUACAAAACAUUAUUCAUUGCACUUUCGCCAUGCUCAUAUGUUAUAUGCAUAUAUAUAAUGUUAUGCAGUAUAAUGUACCUGCAGGAACCAAUGAGCCAUUUUGAUCCAGAAACAAGUGCCUUCUAGAUGUAAGACUUAGACAUUCCCAUACUUUGUGAUUAUAAUACUUUCCAUGAUGCUUAGGGCCAAUGCAGACAAUGAUGGACUUUUGGAUCCACAUUGACAGCUAAUAACGUGUUGUCACUUGUACAGACAUGACUGCGGCAAGUGGUAUGUAAAGCUCAGUCAGACACCUUAGACACCUCUGCUGAAAUGGCAGUGGAGCUGCAAUCAAUAUUAGUAAUAAAUAAGGUUUUGAUAUUGAUCAUACAUAUUUACACUAUACUGUGAACUGGCCUGUAGAUAUUUUAAAAUAUUGCAAUUAUAAUAUUUACACAAAUUUUUGAUUCUUUGCUUUAUAAAUAUUAAUUUUUGAUUCUCGUAAUA